CGCGCUCAUGUUUCUUUCUGAUGUGUAAACAAAUGAGACAGUCCGUAGGUUAUUUUUAUCGUCAAAGUGGUCGGUUACCUCUGUGAUUGUAUUUUGCGAUGGAAUCUAACGCGACCAAAAAUGCGCAAAAGGCUAAAAACAAACUCUGUCCCGGUAAAGAUACUUUCGAACGAAUGAAUUAUUUGUAUCAGGCUAGUCGCAUAAUGGCAUUAAAAAACCGAGUCGCCGCGUCUUAUUAUGGUAACAACAUGUUGGGCUGUGCCAAGAAAGCAGUAUUACGCAUGGAACCAGAUUUAAAGAGAACAGUUUGUAAAUAUUGCCAAGCUCCACUUAUACCUGGAGAGACAGUUCGUGUUAGAUUAAAAUCAAAAACCGUCAGAUUGACGUGUCUGACUUGCAUGAACGUUAGGAAAUUCCCUACAAAAAGGGGACACAAACUGUGGAUCGACCAGCCGGAAGCAAUAGUUCAGAUACUUGAUUACGCGCAGAAGUCGGAAACUGAAAGCACUUCAACAUCUGAUUGGCGAGAAGAAAUUUCAAAUACUUCCGAAGAAUUGAAGAAACUGGAGUUGCAAUUAAAAGUGUUAAAGUCAGAGAAAUGAAAGCGGUGCGAUAAAGUAGAGAUCAAAAACUUUAUUUCAAACAACUUUCUAACGCACAGACAGACAAUAACUCGUGGGAGUUGGUGUACGAAUAUUUUUUAUUAAUGACUUACAUAAAAUAUGUUACAAUGUCAUAAUAAAUUUGUAAUUAAUAAACAGAUACUUUUUUGCUAACUGGAAUAUUCAUAUAUAUAUAUAUAUAUAUAUUUAUAUAUAUAACCAUCUAGUAUAUAAUAUGAUAGCGCGAUAAUAGUUUCACAUUGAUGUUGCAAUUCCAAGCAAAUGUGCGAAUAAAUCGUAAAGUCGUUGCGCUCACGAGGGCAAUCGUAAGAAGCUGAGUUAUAGCAUAGUUUUUUCUUCGCAGUUUUUUCAGUUCUUUCUGUAAACCGCAAUUCCGCGUUCGGCAGCGUUUUGUCAAUAUAAUUACGACGAGUUGACAUUUGAACACUUAUUUUGACGGUCGCGUGUAAAUUCGCGCACCGCAACUUCAAUGACGAUUUCUCAUACGUCCGCAAGAAUUCGACGAGAAAUCGUGGAGUAUUUGCGAACAAAUAUGAGAAAACAAAAGCGCGCAUAGAAUUGAAACAGUCCGCGAGUUUUUACAAGCCCUACGAGUUAAGUGUCUUACGAUUGCUUGUCAGAAUUGCAGCAUAAAUGUUCUUAGAAACACCUCGAUCGUUAGAAGUUAUUGUGUUAUCGAGUAAGUGCAAUACGUUUUUUGUUUUUUUUUUUUGUCUUUUUUUUCCGUUUACGGCAAGUAAAGCGACGUUCACGGAGAGUUCUCUUUGAGGAUCACAAAUUUUACAUGCCAUUGUUCUCAUUCCGAGGGACGGGUGUUUUGCGGAGCCGCCGUAAAAAGUGUAGUGAAAUUUGACGUGACGUUUCUAAAGAUUUUUUUUUUUUUUUCACGAUUGUGUGCUGUCGUCUCUCACCGCGAGGUGACAAUUCUCACCGCGAACGUCGUUACUCAUCAUCUAACUAUGAUAUGACUAAUGUCCGCCCAUUGCCAGAGUAACUCGUGCAAAAACCAUUUUACAAGUUACUUAAAAAUCAUUGCACUCCCCAUGCUCGGGCGCAAUCUCAAAUCACAGUUCAAAAUAUCGGGAAGAGAAAAAUUAUACACAUCAGUCACAUUUAAACGUUACCUUAAAUAAACAAUUACGCACUAAAAGCGAAAAGUAACUUACGGGUCAAUUACUCGGAUCUUGAUUAUCCAAAACCGCGCGUGCUUGUGCAACGCGCAGUAAUGAAAACCUGGUUAUUUUUAUAUUAUUUAUAUACCGGAUACACGCAACAAUCGCAUCGAGUCGAUGCCAAAGGUAUGGCAGUGAUCGUUGUAAACUACGCGUUCGCAGCUAAACGGGAACGCACGCACGUACACGUGUCUCGAUGAGAAAACGUAUAUAAAUAUUAAAUACUAAUGAGGAAAAAUCAAUACGAAAAAACUGGGCUGGACGGAAUCUACACAUUCACUUAUAUACAUAUAUCUGUCGUGUGCCAAGCUUCGGUCGUGUCGAGCUAUCUCAUAGUCUCUAUUUUUUUACCUAACGUUAAUAUUCUUGUCUUCUUCGUCUUUCUUUUCUUCGUUUUUUUUCUUCUCUUAUUUUUUGUUUCUUUUUCUUUUUUUUUUUUUUUGAUUCCCCUAAAAAGUAGAUUUAACGGUAAUAUAAGUUGUCCAGACGGGACCCCAGGUUGGCAACGCACACAUAUAUACAUGCACACACCAGCUACAGGGAUUAAUUUACUUUAGUAAUAUUGACUGUGUCGUUCGUCGUCACUCUUCAUCUCUUGAGUCUUUCGCAAGCUCUCGGGGAAGAGUCCGAACGAAAAAAUCCGUGAUCGCACACAGAUGAGAGAGAGAGAGAGAGAAAGAGAGAGCGGGGGACACACAUUGCAACGGAACGUGUGUCUCGCUCCUCUCGUCUAUACGCGUCUACUCGCACGACAAACCAAUAUCCAACUCGGUUAUUGUCAAAGAGGUGUGCGCAUGCGAGUCGUUCGAGUCGUACGCUUCGAAGAGGCGCGUGCCAAGUAAAUAAAAAAAAAAAAAAACAAAAAGACAGAGCCGCGGACAAAGAGG